AUGGGUAAGGAGGCGCCUAGGCCGUUGACGGCCAUGGAGAUUCUUCGGAAAGGUGUAAAGCUUUUCUGGAGGAGCUGUAAGUCCAUGUUGUCCACCCUGCUUAUCAUUCUUGUGCUCAGCUGUCUCAGCUGCUACAGAACCUGGUCUGUCGUCGCCCCUUCAGCCUCAGGCGUUCUCAGGAAGCUACGCAUCCUAGGAAUACAGGACUCUGGCACUGACACGAUUGAUGGCAUCUUCAGGGGAUUACGGACUGAUCUCCGGCAGAUUGGCAGGGCCGUAAUCGUUGGGUCGCUGAUCUCUUACCUGCUUUAUUCGUUCAUCGUGAUAGCGAUCAUAUACACGGUAGCCAUGGUCGGGAAGGGCCGGAAGGUUGCCCUAAAGGAUCUUGCCGUCAGGACCCGGAGGACGUGGAUGGGCGUGAUGGCCACAAGCCUCUUUGUCUGCUUCCUCACGUCGGGUUAUCUGAGCUUCUGCGUCUUUCUAUUGAGUGCUGUCGGCUUCUUUGGUGGCGUUUCCGCUGCGUCUCUUGCCUUGAUCGCGGCCGUGGCCAUCCUGGAAUUUCUUCUCUUCCUAUACUUGAGCAUGCUUUGGUCACAAGCCGUUGUGGUCUCCGUGAUGGAGGAAGGACGCUCCGGGCUGGACGCUCUUGGAAGGGCAGCGGAGCGCGUCCGAGGCAGGAAGGGAUUAGGGUUCAGAGUAAACAGUCUCCUAUUCCUCGCUGUGGCCUUGGUUCAGACGUUGAUCUCAACCGCAGUGACUCUUUUAUCUUUGCCCAAUCUGAUCAGUCCGAUCAUCUUCUCGUUAGUCUACCUGCUGGUGAUUGUUUUGAUCCAGGCAGUCAACGUGGUGUUCUACUACGAGUGCCAGGAGAAUCAGGAAGACGCGGCUACGAUGAAGGAGAACUUAGCGUACACGAGGGCUCUACGCGAGGAACCAUGA